AUGGAGAAUAACAGCGAGGACGAGGAGGAGAGGAGAGAGGAGAGACAGAUGGACGGAGGACGACGACAAAAGGGCCGAGGCUUUGAGAACGCGGACAUUAUCGACGACGAGGUCAAACACUCUCGAAACGACCGGUACGAAACUUUGCGAGACAGCGAAGGAGAAAGAGGCCAACCUCAAAAAUCCAUCGAAGGCUGGGUCGUCCUCGUCACCGGCGUCCACGAAGAAGCGCAAGAGGAAGACGUGCACGAAAACUUUGGCGAUUUCGGGGAGAUUUCAAACUUGCACUUAAAUUUAGACCGGAGAACUGGGUUCGUUAAGGGCUACUGUUUGAUUGAGUAUAAAGAGAAGGAAGAGGCGAAGAGUGCGAUCGAGAACAUGGACGGGAAGUUGAUGUUGGACCAGGAGGUGAGAGUAGAUUGGGCGUUCGUGAACGCGCCGGAGAAAAAAUCGAGAAGGAGUAUAAGGCGAUAG